AUGGCAUCCCUGAUGUCGUGGUUCACAUCUUGGCUUGGACAAGGCAGUCAGGCUUCAGCGGACACGCUGGAACUCGCUGCUCUGCCGAAGCGUGAGGUGAGCCUCGAGUUCUUGGACAACUCGGACCCCAAGUACAAGACGGAGAAGCCAUACUACUCCAACGUCCCUUUCACCGAGACGAACGCCCCAAGCACCAAUGUUGUGUCCAAGAAAUCUCGUGUUACUCUCCAUGAUAUUAGGGGCAAUGAGAACCUUUUCAGACUUGAUGUUCACGGAUUCGAGUUGAUCAAGCAUCCAUUGGACUUUGAUCAGUGGCAGGAUGGCCACAAGGUGGUCCGGGAAGUAUACCCUAGGAUCAUAGACCUUCUGAAGGCGCAGCUUGGAGAAGACCUCCGUAGAAGCAGAGAUGCUAAUGGAAGCACAUCCAUCUCCCAAGGGGAUAGCUUUGCUCCGCCGAGCCGAGUGGCCCAUGUUGAUCAGACGUACGAGGCAACUGUUGAGCAGAUCAAGCUUGGCUUCAAGGAUGAGGCUGAAAAGAUCCUGAAGAGCCGCUUUCGCAUCAUCAAUGUGUGGCAUCCAAUUCGGGGACCCGUACGACAACACCCAUUUGUUCUCUGUGACUACAGAACGGCGAAGUCCGACUUCAUCUCAUGCGACCUCAUCUAUCCGCACACCAUCACCGAGAUCAUGGUGUUUAGAAACUCGGCUUCCCAAAAAUGGUAUUUCAUUGAUCAGCAAGUUACAGACGAGGCCUGGAUCUUCAAAAUCAUGGAUUCGCAGAGCCUCAUUGAUUCCAACGUGGCAGAAUUCUCUGCACACACAUCCUUCUUUGACGAAGAUGAGGCCCUCGCAGAGUGCGUGAGGGAGAGUGUGGAAUUUCGGGCGUACGUAUUUGGGUGA